AUGUCAUCCGAGAUCGAGGUCGUCGAGGAGGUGCAAUCGCGCGAUGAGAAAUCGGGCGGCGCCGAUGGCGUGCCGGAGGAGAGCCUCCAGAACGACGUGUACACGGCGGCGGCCUACGGGGAUUUGGAGAAGCUGCAGAGAUUGGUGGAGCAAGAGGGUUGCCCCGUGACCGAGCCCGAUGGGUUGGGUUACUACGCGCUUCAGUGGGCUGCACUCAACAAUCGCACUGCCGCUGCUCAGUACAUCAUUGAGCACGGGGGAGAUGUACAUGCUACGGAUCAUACUGGCCAGACCGCCCUACAUUGGAGUGCGGUUCGGGGUGCUAUCCAGGCUGCGGAGCUUUUACUUCAGGAGGGUGCACGAGUGAGUGCUGCCGACAUGAAUGGAUAUCAGACAACGCAUGUUGCUGCACAAUUUGGUCAGACAGCUUUCCUUCACCACGUUGUUUCAAAAUGGAAUGCUGACCCUGAUGUCCCUGAUAAUGAUGGAAGAAGCCCUUUGCAUUGGGCUGCUUACAAAGGUUUUGCCGAUUGUAUACGCCUUCUGUUAUUUCUUGAUGCACACAGGGGACGUCAAGAUAAAGGGGGUUGCACUCCCCUUCAUUGGGCUGCUAUUAGGGGCAACUUGGAGGCCUGUACUGUGUUAGUACAGGCUGGCAAGAAGGAUGAUCUGAUGCUAGCUGAUAAUACAGGGCUUACACCAGCACAACUUGCUUCUGAUAAGAAUCACAGACAAGUUGCUUUUUUCCUUGGAAAUGCCCGAAGGCUGCUUGACAAACGCUGUGACGGGAACAGCCGCCUUGGAAGAAUUUCCAAAUUAGGACUUGCGCCUGUCCUUUGGUGCAUAAUUUUUGUGCUCUUGGUUACUUAUAUUCAUUCGGUCAUCUUGGCAACAAAAAUGCCAAAGCUGACGGCUGCAGGUAGUCUUCUUGCAUGGUUUGGAGUUUUGCUUGCAACUGUUGGUUUGGUGAUGUUUUACAAAUGUAGCAGCAAGGAUCCUGGUUAUAUCAGAAUGAAUAUGCGUGACAACCAGGAUUCAAAAGAUGAUGAGCCUCUUUUGAAGACUGAGAUAAAUAAUCCUGCUUUGCUAGCUGGAAACUGGUCCCAGCUUUGUGCAACAUGCAAGAUUGUCAGACCUCUUCGAGCAAAACACUGCUCUACCUGUGAUCGUUGUGUGGAACAAUUUGAUCAUCAUUGCCCCUGGGUGUCCAAUUGCAUUGGCAAGAAGAACAAAAGGGAUUUCAUUGUUUUUCUUAUUCUAGAAGUUUCAGCAAUGUUGGUUACUGGUGGAGUUUGUCUUACAAGAGUGUUGACUGAUCCACUUGCACCUAGUUCGUUUGGGGCAUGGAUUCAGUACAUUGGUAAGAAUCACACUGGUGCAAUAUCAUUUCUGAUAGCCGACUUUUUCCUCUUUUUCGGUGUGUUUGCUUUGACAGUUGUGCAGGCUAGCCAGAUAUCUCGCAAUAUUACAGCAAAUGAAAUGGCAAAUGCCAUGCGGUAUAGUUACCUCAGAGGUCCAGGUGGUAGAUUUAGAAACCCAUAUGAUCAUGGUAUCAAGAAGAACUGUUCUGAUUUUUUGAUUAAGGGUUACAAUGAAGAUAUUGAGUGCAUAGAAGAAUUAGGUCAGUCAGAGGAGGGUGUAGGAAUGAUGAACAUAUCAAGAAGCUCUAACAUGGCAAAUGGAGACUCGCAUACCCAUUCUGAAUAUGCAAGGGGCAACGGAAAUUAUGUUAUUAAUGUGAAUUCCAACACCACACUAGUCGAGGAAAAAGACAAUGGAAGGAAGAGAGAUCAACAAGUGGUGGAAGAUGGUUUACACACAGGAGUCUCUGGAAGGUAUUGUAGAAAUGGUAGCAUAAAAUGGUCGAGGGCCAGAAGUUUCCGUUCCAAGGCCAAUCAUUGUCCCGGAGGGGGAACCUGUCCCUCCCUCAUGGAUUUAGACAUAAGCCAGCAAAUCUUCAAUGAAUUGGUCGACUCUCACUGCCUGACAGAAGCUUCUAUUGAAGCUUUCCGAGAUUGUGCUCUUCAGGAUAUUGACCUGGGUGAAUAUGGUGGAGUGCACGAUAGUUGGAUGGAUGUCAUCUCUUCCCAAGGGUUGUCUUUACUUUCAGUUGAUGUUUCUGGUUCUCAGGUGACAGAUAAUGGACUGCGACUCCUAAAGGAUUGCUCAAAUCUUCAAGCAUUGACUCUCAAUCACUGUGAUCAAUUUUCAGAAUAUGGGCUCAAGCAUAUUAGUGGUCUUUCAAACUUGAAUUCCUUGAGUAUCAGGAAAAGCAGCAGUGUCAAGCCUGACGGAAUGCGUGCUUUCUCCAACUUAUUUAAUUUGGAGAAGUUGGACCUUGAGAGGUGUUCAGAGAUUCAUGGUGGAUUUGUUCAUCUCAAAGGUUUGAAGAAGCUUGAGUAUCUCAAUAUUGGAUGCUGUAAAUGUGUUACGGAUUCAGACAUGAAGUCUAUCUCAGAGCUUAUAAAUUUGAAGGAGUUACAAAUUUCCAACAGCAGCAUUACUGAUAUUGGGAUUACUUAUUUAAGAGGUUUGGGGAAGCUUACUACAUUAAAUGUUGAAGGAUGCAAUAUUACUGCUUCAUGUAUAGAGUCUAUUCAUGCCUUGACUUCCUUGGCAUGCUUAAAUCUCAACAGAUGUGGUCUCUCUGAUGAUGGAUUUGAGAAAAUUUCUGGUCUUAAAAGCUUGAAGCAUUUAAGCCUGGCUUUUAAUGGGAUCACAGAUGCAUCUUUAGUUCAUCUGAAAGGUUUAACAAAUUUGGAGUACUUGAAUCUGGAUUCUUGCAGGAUAAGUGAUGAUGGGCUUGCUAAUUUGUCAGGCCUCAUACUCUUGAAAGGUCUGGUGUUGUCUGACACAGACAUUGGGAGCAGCGGGCUACGCUAUAUAUCAGGUUUAAAUAAACUGGAAGAUUUAAAUCUGUCGUUCACCACAGUAACUGAUAGUGGCCUGAAAAGGCUGUCGAGAUUGACACAACUUAAAUCACUUAAUCUGGAUGCCCGACUGGUUACUGACAUUGGACUUUCAAAUCUUAUCAGUCUGAGUGGAUUGGUAACAUUGGAUCUCUUUGGAGCACGCAUCUCAGACAGUGGAACUGCAUAUUUACGAUCAUUCAAGAACUUGCAAUCCCUAGAAAUAUGUGGCGGAGGUUUAACUGAUGAUGGCGUAAAAAAUAUUAGAGAAAUUGUCUCCCUGACACAGCUAAACCUGUCCCAAAAUUGCAACUUGACAAAUAAAACUCUGGAAUUGAUAUCUGGUAUGACAGCACUGAGGUCGCUAAAUGUUUCAAAUUCUCGUAUAACCAAUGGAGGACUAAAGCAUUUAAAGUCUUUAAAGAAUUUACGCACUCUUACCUUGGAGUCUUGCAAGGUUACUGCUUCUGAAAUUAAGAAGCUUCAGUCGACUGAUCUUCCAAGUUUGAUAAGCUUUCGGCCAGAGUAA